AGAUGCUGCAACAUGAUGCGGUCGGGCCAGUGGCCGUUUCAUGGCGUCUCAUGCGAUUGCGGGCGAUCGACGUCCUUUUUUUCGCUACCGCACCACUACUGGUUACGUGUCUGUUGGUCUGGCUCAUCACGCAUAAGCGACAAGCGACUACUAGGAUGAUUGCAUACAAAUAGCCACGCAUUCGUUACAAGCUUAUCCUUUUCCUCAUCCUUGCCGAUUCUUGUAUCAGUAUCCAUUUGUCCCUUUAACAUAUACGAAAUUUACAACUUAUAACAACACAAACAUGUCUGCUAUCACUAAGGGAGACUUGAUCUUGGUUUCUGGUGCUUCCGGGUUCAUUGCAUCCCACACCGUCAAAGAGUUUUUGAAGGAAGGAUUCCGUGUUAGGGGUACCGUCAGGUCCAAGGAAAAGGGAGAAUACCUCAAGCACCUCUUCCAGGGUUUGGGAGAGUUCGAAUAUGUUCUUGUCGACGAUAUCACCAAGGACGGUAUCUUCGACGAGGCUGUCAAGGGCGUUAAUGCUGUUGCGCAUCUUGCUUCUCCUUUCUACGUUACCAACGUUAAGGACCCCAGGGAACUUAUUGAUCCUGCCGUCAAAGGCACCACCGGUAUCUUGAAGAGUGUUCAGAAGAACAACCCGAAGGUCAAAAGGGUCGUUAUUACUUCUUCUGUUGCUGCCAUCAUGUGCCCGAUAUCUAAAAAGCCUCCCGUCACGUACACUGAGGCCGAUUGGAACGUCGACUCUAUUCCUCACGUCGAAGAGAAGGGUGUCGAGGCUGAUGGCAUGCACUCCUAUCUUGCCAGUAAGACUCUUGCUGAGAAGGCUUUGUGGAGUUUCAUUGAGGACGAAAAGCCUUCAUGGGAUGCCGUUGCUAUCCACCCCCCUUAUGUUCUUGGUGAAGUGAUCCACCAAUGUGACAAGCCUGAGAGCCUUAACACCUCUGUUGCCUCUUUCUGGUCUUGGCCUGCCGGUGAGAAGACCGAAAAGGACAUUCCCGGUCCCAUAGGAAACUGGGUUGAUGUGAAGGAAAUUGCCUUGGGCCAUGUCCGUGCCCUCACUGUUCCCGAAGCAGGUGGCCAACGAUUUAUCAUAAGCGCUGGUCCUUUCGCUGGUCAGGACUACGCAGACAUUCUUCACAAGCGUUUCCCUGAAGUUAAGAAUGUUCCCGUCGGCAAACCCGGUACUCACGACGAGGUUUGCAAGGAGUUGGACAUCUUCGAUGGCAAGAAAGCUGAGAAAGUGCUUGGUAUCAAGUACCACACUCUUGAAGAGACUGUCGUUGACAUGUUUGAGAGCUUGAGGAAAAGGUUCAACAAAUUCUAAAGGACGGUCUGAAAGAAGUACUGGUACCUACGGAAAAGAAUGUUCCUCCCCUUUUGAUCCCGCCGCGGCGCGUUUUUGACUAUACACCAUAAGUCACCCCUACUACCAAGCGAACUAUUGUGGAAGCCCACAAAA